GCCGGGCUGGCCGGGACAUGCGCUGUGUGUGUCCCCAAGUUGUUCCCCCUGUGUCCCCAAGUUGUCCCCCCAGUGUCCCCAGUGCCCCCCGUUGUGUCCCCACACGGUCCUGGGCGCCUCCAGGGUGCGGCGUAGGCCCCAGCUGCCAUCAUGGCCGCCGUUGCCAUAGCGACAACGCCGCCGCCAUGGCCGCCGCGGGGCUGCUGCUGCCUGCCGAGGCUGAGGCGCUGGUGCAGGCCCUGCGGGGCACCGAGCUGCGGGAUGCCGGCGGGCAGGGGUGGCUUCGGCAGCACGAGAGCGUGGAGAAGCUCAACAUGCACGCCAUCCUGAGCGCCGCCGCCGGCCAGGAGCAGCUCCUCACCGAGCUGCUCGUCACCCAUGCCAAGAUUCCCGUUCUCAUCGGGGAGCUGAUCUCAGCGGAGGUCUGGAAGCACAAGGUCUUCCCCGUGCUGUGCCGGCUGGAGGACUUCCACCCGAGAAGCACCUUUCCCAUCUACGUGGUGCUGCAUCACGAAGCCUCCAUCAUCAACCUCUUGGAGACGGUGUUUUUUUACAAGGAGAUCUGCGAGUCGGCAGAGGACAGCAUUCUGGAUUUAAUCGAUUACUGCCACCGAAAGCUGACCCUGCUUGCAGCUCGAGGCACCAACGGACAGGCAGUGACCCAGAAAGAACUUCAUCCCAAGGACCUGGCCAGCCUGUCGUCCAUGCAGGAGCUGCAGAAGCAGGCGGAGGCGAUGGAGUUUGAAAUUUCCCUGAAGGCCCUGUCCGUGCUGCGGUUCAUCACUGACCAGGUGGACAGUUUGCCCCUGAGCGCGCUGACACGGAUGCUGAACACCCACAACCUGCCCUGCCUCCUCGUCGCGCUGGUGGAGCACUGCCCGUGGAGCUGCCACGAAGCAGGCAAGCUCAAGAAGUUUGAGAACGGUGCGUGGCACGUGGUGCCCCCUGAGGAUCAGGUGAAGAUGACCAAGCUCGAUGGGCAGGUGUGGCUUGCCCUCCUCAACCUCCUGCUCAGCCCUGAAUGCCAGCGCAAAUACCACUUUGACAGCUUCAACAAGAGCCAGCUCCUCAAGCUCCGGGCGUUCCUGACAGACGUCCUCCUGGACCAGCUGCCCAACCUGGUGGAGAUGCAGAGAUUUCUGAGCCACCUCGCGCUGACAGAGCCGGCUCCCCCAAAGAAGGAUCUCGUGCUGGAGCAGGUGCCCGUCAUCUGGGACCACCUCCUCAGGAAGAACGCGGGCAAGUGGGAAGCCAUCGCCAAGCACCAGGUGAAGCACGCCUUCAGCCCCACCGAGGAGGAGCUGAAGCUCCAGGCACGCAGGUGGGCGCAGACGUACAGCCUGGACAUGCUGGAGGCUCUCGCCCCCGACAAGCCCCGGUGCCGGGUGUGCGGCGCAGAGGCGGCCAAGCGGUGCUCUCGCUGCCGGAACGAGUGGUACUGCUCGCGGGCGUGCCAGGUCCAGCACUGGCAGAAGCACCGUGUGGCCUGCAGCCUGCUGGCACAGACAGCGGGGACAGCGGGUGUCCCCUGAGCGGGGCAGAGCCUGGCCUGCAGC